AUGGCGGCGCCCUUGCCGGUUCCGGAUCCGCAUGACACUGACUUGUCGGCGUUCCACGGCUACGUUGACUUCAAAGACUUGGCUGCUCAUGGCGAGUUCACCAAGGUCCGGACCCUUUGUGACGCGAUCCAUGGCAGAGUCAUCCAGUACCGCUGGAGGGCCCCUCACCAGGACACGGGUCUAGAUGUCGUCGGGAAGAGGAUGGAAAGUGCCAAGGUUACACAGAACCGGGGUCGUUUCACAAACGAAAGACAAGCCCACCGGAACCCGAAGCAUCCGGAUUGCCCUCAUCCGGAGGAUGCACUCACCGAAAUUGGGGUGCUCUCCUACUUGAGGCAUCAGUCGCAUGUGCCUGUCUAUCUGCUUAGAAUGCUGGGAGCUUUCCGCGAUGAUACGAAUACGCUUCUGGUGACAGAGUUGGUCUCAGAUGGCGAGCUCUUCAACCACGUGGCGAACGGUCGUCUGGGCGCAGAUGAAGGAGUGGUGAGAGGUCUCAUGUGGCAGCUCUUGCAGGGGACCAACUUCCUCCAUGCACAUGACAUUGGCCACAGGGACAUCUCACUGGAGAACGUCCUCAUCUUUUUUGACAGGGACCAGUACCACCUUCGACUGAUGGAUUUCGGACAAGCUGUGAGAACCCGCUCAGCCUGCAGGAGUGUGUUCCUGAGGUACUUUCGGCCAGCUGGCAAACCCUACUACAGGGGCCCAGAGGUCUAUAUUCCCGGCGAGAAUCCCCAGGUACUUGUGCGCUGUCCUGCAGAUGCGCAGGGAGGUGAUGUUGUUUUCGUCGACAACCUCAAACGGGAUGGGAGACCAGAUGGCUAUCGAAACGAGGUGCGGCUGCCACCGGACGCCACUCCUGGGCAGACCUGCCUCGCCGAAAGUUGGGGCUACGAGGUGCCGCCGCUGGACGUGUUUGCCCUCGGCGUUUGCUUUUUCAUCCUUGCUUGGCGAGUGCCACCUUGGAGUCGAGCCCUGCCUCUGGACGCUACUUUCGUGUAUGUCCAGCAGCAUGGAAUUCCACCACUUCUCAAUGCCUGGCAUAAGAGACACCUCUCGCCGGAGGCGAUGGAACUUGUGAAGGAUAUGGUUGCGGCCAACCCGCGCCAGAGGCCGUCAGUGCAGGAUUGUCUAGCAUCUGCGUGGUUAUUCCCACUGCGAAAUGAUCCAGUGCCCACGCACCCUGCAGCGACCACUGAGCACGGAGGUGCUGCUUCGUCAACUGUUCCUGCGGAUGAUAUGGUGACCGAAAUGGCUCGGAUGGACUUGGGCGCAAGACUCAGCGAUGAAGCAGCCAAUCGCCUUGGAGUUGCGAUUGGGGAGCCGGAGAUAAUUCCAGGAUGCGUGGGCGUAUUACAUAUCUCCGCGAAGAGGGCAGCAGAUCUCGAGUACACGCCCGGCCAUCAAGUUCGCGUGAAGGAAGUCGAAAAGGGUUCAAUAUUGGUUGAUCUUGGCGGCGGCGAGGACGCCUGGGUAAAUCAAUUGGAAGUGUCCAUCACGUAG